AUGAGAGGACCUACGUAUUCAGAGGCUCAGUUGGAACUUCUAAGAGACUCGCCACUCGUCAAGAAGCCCGAGGGCCUACCGUCAAUCUCGCAAUGGAUGGAUGUGCCUACGGACCAGAACACCAACAACACUCACGCAAACACAAACGGCACUGUGCGCCGGACUCGGGGACUGCGAGAUGGAGAAGGAGGCGUGGCCAAUGAACAGCGUCCGCUAAUCAACCCCAUGGGCCAGUUCGGUCGGCGUCAGAGCAUGCGUAAGUCACAAGCCGAGGGCGUCGUGGCCGCUAUUAAUGCUCUUUUUGUAGAACCUGGCGAGGAUACGGUACUUGGGCCGCCCAAGCUGUCCUUUCUUUCAGCUUCCCGUACCGCGGCUAAGGCUGCAGGCGAAACAAAGGAGCGCACUGGCAUCGUCUCGGUAGACGGCGACAACCUUGGGGACCGAUUCCCUCGCGAGAAGAACGAGCGAUGGACUCGAGACCGUGACGCCGACCGUACCCGUGACAAGGGCUUCACAAACGGUCGCCGCGCUACGCGAGAGGACGGAGAAGGUUGGACGAGUGUCAAGGGCCGCAAGAGCUUAGGCCAGGAGGAUUUUGAGCGCUUUGGCCGCAACGGCGAACGCAAUCGUGAAAAGCACGAAGGCGAUCCAGAGACGGAUGCUGCUCCGCGACGUGGCAAUCGCGAGCGACCAGAGCAGCGCUGGGGUCGCCGUGACGAGGCGAAAGAGGAGAGCACAAAGGCGGGCGUCCAGGGUGGCUGGCGUGAGCGAGACCGUGACCGAGAGCGUGACAGAGACCGCGAGUGGAAUAGGGGCAGUACCCGUGCCGAGGAAGACCCCGAGUGGAUGGACACCAAGGUCGAGAAGAAGGAGAUGAAGCCCCGCACUCAAGAAGACUUCCAGCGCUGGAAGGAGCAGAUGAGGGCCAAAGAUACGCCAGCUGAAGACAAGGACGAGCCAAAAGACCUCUCAACCGACUUCUCAGCUGCCACAUCUAUAACUGCUCCACCUAUGCUAACUGCACCUCUGCACGCGCCUUCUGGAGCCGAACCCACGCAAGGCAUUCUUUUUGGGAAUUGGGGUAGGGAUAAAGCGGCAGACAUACUCCCUACCGAAACCGUCUCGGCCAAGCCGAAGACGGACAAGAAGUCUAGGUUUAUGACCAUGUUCGCGAAGCCAGAGGAACCAGCUGCGCCGAGUCAGCCUCUGGGACCUACACCUGCUCCGCCGGCGCCUGCUAUGGAGGCUAAUGCGGAUAAGGAAGGCUUCCAGCGGAUUCUUCAGAUGCUUGGGCAGGUCAACGUCGGCGGACCGCAAGCCGCUCAGCCAACCAUACCUACACCGACCAAUGGCGCUCGCCAUGGAGGCGGUAUCUCACUAGACUUCCACCAGCAGUCACCACCCCCAGAACCGCAGCACAGCAGGCCUCCGCGAACGUUGGAGCAACAAAGCAUUCUCGAGAACAUUCUGGCUCCGCGUCCGUCUGCACCUGAGUCUCGACCGUCGCAGCAGGCUAGGUUCAACACCAUGUCUCCGGACAAUGGGCUACCAGAGCAAUUUAGGCUUCCGCGACCCGACUCUAACCAUGGGGAAGACCACUUUCCACAGCAACAACCGCCUUCUAGGAACAACAACUCGCAAGAUGCAAACCUUGCUGCCAUCUUGAAUGCUCGGUCACGAGAAGAGUCCCAGCGUGACCAAGCUACGAAACAGCGUGAGCGUGACUUCCUACUUACCCUCAUGCAGCAACCUUCACGUGCCACGCCUCCUCAAUUACCGAUCCACAACCUCCCCCGUCCGAUGCAGGAGAGCCAAAACAUGGCAUUCUACGAUCAGCCUAGACAGCAACCUCAACAACAGCCCAAGGGUCGUGUCGGCGUCCCACCCGGUUUCAUGGACGAUCCUCGCAUGUUCAACGAGAACGACAUGAUGCGUCGAGAAGUCGAGCGUCGUGAGCAAGAGCUCCGUCAACAGCUCAGUUUACAGCAGCAGCAGCAACAAGAGGCAAUGAGAGCUAAGAAUUCGCGUAUGCCUAUGGGAUUUCCUGGUCAUGACGAUGCGAUUAUGGGCCUCCAGCGCCGUAACACGGCCGCAGACCCUCGCCUAACCACAAAUAUGGGUAUUCCUUCGCAGCCUGUACCAGAAAUGCCAUACAUGGGUGGGCGCGGUCAAGCAGGUAUACCGCCAACACCCCAAGAGCGAGCAAACAUCGCGCCACCUCCAGGCUUCGGGGGUCCCAUGCGCCAACCUCCUGGCCUGGGUGGACCUCCCCCGCAACAGCAGAUGGGUCCCGGAGGACCAAACUUCUCAGCGGGCAACACUCCCCUUGGCCAUCCCCCUGGAUUCCCCCCGCCUGGUACUAUGGGCCGUAUGGGUUUUCCUGGAGGACCUGGUGGACCUCCCGGUGGUAAUGGCAUGCAAGGGCCACCUCAGGGAUACUUCCCGCCGCCUGGAUAUGGACCGCCAAUGCCGGGUAUGCGCGGUGAGGAUCCGAGGAUGAUGUUUGAUGGACAAUUCGGGGUCCCGGGGCCGCGGCAGCAGCAAGGGAGGCCGGGACCCCCAAAUAUGUACUAG